AUGAACUUAGCACGGGUUGAAGGAGAACCAACCGGAGUACUGUAUUCUGUCAACUUUAACCAAGACUGCACGUCUGUUGUAGUUGGAACUAAAAAUGGCUUUACUCUGUAUUCCUUGGCAAAUGUAGACAAGUUAGAGCCAAUACAUCGAUGCGCCGGGGAAGAUGUUUGCAUCGUAGAAAGACUUUUUUCAAGCAGCUUACUAGCUAUUGUAAAUCUCUCAUCACCAAGGAAGUUAAAAGUUUGUCAUUUUAAGAAAGGCACUGAAAUUUGCAAUUAUAGCUAUCCUAAUAGUAUACUCUCUAUCAAAUUAAAUCGAAUGAGGCUGGUCGUUUGCUUGGAAGAUAGCCUGUAUAUACAUAAUAUUAAAGAUAUGAAAGUAAUGCAUACAAUUAAAGAUACGCCAAAGAAUAACAAUGGUUUAUGCGCAUUAUCUCCAAAUUCAGAUAACUCCUAUCUGGCUUAUCCAGGGAGCAGUCAGAGUGGAGAAAUUCAAAUCUUUGAUACAUUAAACUUGAGGGCAGUUACAAUGAUUUCAGCUCAUCAAUCGCCAUGUGUUGCUUUCGCGUUCAAUGCUAGUGGAACAAAGCUCGGCAGUGCUUCUGAAAAAGGAACCGUUAUUAGAGUCUAUUCUGUACCUGACGGGCAAAGACUUUUUGUAUUCAGAAGAGGUGUUAAAAGAUGUGUCAGCAUUAAUUCAUUGGCGUUCAGUCACGAUUCAAUGCUGUUAUGCGCUUCUAGCAAUACGGAAACCGUUCAUAUUUUCAAAUUAGAAGAACAAGAAGAAGCUACUCAAGAAGAACCUGCAGGAUGGAUGGGAUAUUUUGGAAGAGCUUUAAUGUCAUCCACUAACUAUUUACCAUCACAAGUAGCUGAUGUCUUCACCCAAGGCAGGUCAUUUGCUACCGUAAGAUUACCGAACCCUGGCCUACGAAAUAUAUGUGCUUUAGCAAUCAUCAGUAAAACAUUGAGAUUAUUGGUUGCAUGUGCUGAUGGGUAUCUAUAUGUCUAUGACGUGCCAAGCAAUGAACAGGGCGGAAACUGUAAUCUAGUAAAGCAGCAUAGGUAUAGUUCUAGAGUAGGGUUAGACACGAUAUGA